AUUGAUUUCUGUUAACAUCUUUGACUAUAUAAUAUGGACUGCUAGCACUAACUUCAGACUUGUUGUCAAGAUGUGUCGCGCCCCCCUCGACCAAUUGAGGAAUUCGUGAACUAACAUCACAGCUGAUAGGGCACAUGACACCUUUGAACGUGCUUCUUUGACUGUAGUCAAAGACGUGCUCAGAGCAGUUCAGAGUUCCAAAGCUGAAACUAUUCGUGACAAAAAAAAAUCGAGAUGGUCGCAUAUUGCUUCGUCGAAGGCUGCAUUUCAAGCAAAUACAAAGGGAAAUCCGAGAAACAUAAACGUAUUGUGCCUAUGUAUGGGUUUCCCAGUAAUACAAAGAUCAAAGAAAAAUGGAUAAACGCAUUACUUAUUUUAAAUAAGCAAAGUAAUGCUAUAAAACCAUCUAAGUACAGCAGAAUCUGUGUAAAACAUUUUUCAGAAGAUCAAAUUGAACAAUUUGGACUACAGACCGUUCGUUUAAGAAAGAAUGCUGUUCCAAAUAUAUUUCCGAAUGCAGAAAGGGAGAGAAAUUCCUAAAAAUAGAGACAAUUUUGAUCCUGACAAUGAAAAAGAAUUGAAUCCUGAAAAAGAAAUUGAAGAAUGUCAAAUAAACGAGCUAAUUAAUCAAGAUUUUAACAAUUCAGAGAAAUACAAUGAAGCUUAUGAAAUUAAUCUAAAUGAGCUACCAAAAAAUAUUGAAGAAACACCAGCAAAUCAUUCUUGCAACGAAGAAAUUGCAUUCUCUUCCAAUAUUGAGGAAUGCAAUGUGGUUCAAACUACUACAACUAAGAAGAUAAGAUAUCUUGGAGACAUAUCGGAUGCUAUAAUAGAAAAUAUGUGUCGAGAUGAAAUAAUAAAAGUCGUUAAAAGGCUUAAAGAAGUGACAAGAAAAAAAGAUAUCAUUAUAAAACGUUUGCGAACUGAACUUUCACGUUCACAAAAAAGAGUACACACCUUAAGCACAUUAUUAACAGAUUUAAAACAAAAAUAUAGUCUCCCUUCUGAUUGUUGCAAGACAUUACAGAGAAUUUCUGAAGAUAUUGAUAUUAUUAUACAAAUAAAAAUGGAGGAAAGAGCAAAUAUUCUGCAGAAUUACGCGCUUCCGCAUUAACUUUAAAUUUCUAUAGUCCAAAGGCAUAUAAUUACAUUAGAAGUAUUUUCCAUAAUAAAUUACCAGCGUCAUCCACAAUUUGUGCUUGGUACAGUAAUAUUAACGGAUCACCAGGUUUAACUCAAGAAGCAGUACAAAUAUUGAAAAGAAAAAGCGACAAUGCAGGUGGUAAGAAAUUAUAUGCGUGCCUCAUCAUGGACGAAAUGUCCAUUAGAAGACAAAUAUUUUGGGAUAAUAAAAAAAAAACAAUCGCAGGAAUUGUGGAAAAAGAAUUACCUACUCACGAGGAUGAACGUGUACCUGUAGUUAAGCAAGCAUUGGUAUAUUUAUUAAACGGUAUAAACGAAAGGUGGAAAUUACCAAUUGCAUACUUUUUUGUUAACGGGCUUACUAAAGAAGA